AUGUCUGCAUCGUUCAAGAUUGCAAAAAAGAAAUACUCUCAGCAAGAACUGAGGCGUAUAAUGAGUGAAACAAAAGCAGCCAAACAGCAACAACAAUCAGAUGCUACGGCAAAACGGAUCGAAUCUCCACUAGCAAAAUAUAAUGAUGCAGGUCAACUUAUGUGCAUCCUUUGCCGAUCGGUGGUUCGAUCGGAGGCAGUUUGGAAAGUACACAUUAAUUCAAAGCAGCAUAAGGAAAGUGUUGAAUCUGCUAAAAAGUUGAGAGAAACUCCGGUUGCGAAAGAUGCUUCAACAGAAAGAUUGGUAAAUGAACCAGUUCUAAAGCGUCCCGGAGAUAAUAUUAAUAGUAAAGAUAGCGUACCCAUGAAAAAAUUGAAAGGCAUACUCAAAAAUAACAAGCAACAGACUGUGGUACAAAAUGCAGCUCUGCCAGAUAACUUUUUUGAUGAAAUUUCUUCCGACACCGCCACUACUACGUCUUCUAUACGUAAGGAUCUCGUGAAUAUAAAACUUCCUGAAAAGCAACGUGAACAGAAAGCGGAACUGAUGGAAUUGGAUCAUACGGACACUGAUCUGACAGCCGGUGCAUUACCAGUCGAAGAUGAGAAAUUGCCGGAAGGAUUUUUUGAUGAUCCAAAAAUGGAUGCUAAAGCUCGCAAUCAAGAGUAUAAGGAUCCAAAUGAUGAAGAGUGGGAAAAAUUUCAGAAGGAAAUUAAAGAAGCAACAAACGUCUCGAUGGCCAUUAUCAGCGAGGAGCAGGAGGAGUCAACUGCCGAACGGCAAAUAUCAGAAAUAGACGAACAAAUUCGAAAUUGGUCACGAGUUUUGGAUUUAGAAAAAAAGAAGGAACAAGUUAAAAUCAUGAAAGGAGCAACUGGCGCAAAGAAUGGUGGUAAUGUUUUACAUAGGAAUAAUCGCGCAACGCACACAGAUUCCGAUGAUGACAGAGAAGAUGACGAUGAAGAUGAGUUUAAUGAAUUUUUAGAUUGGAGAGCGAAAAAAUCAUACAAAUAG